GGACAAACGCAGGCGCAGCUUCAAAAAACCCGCAGCAGCAACAGGCACGAGCGGUGUGGACUGAGGCACGGCGUUUGUCACGCUCAUAUUACAUCACUACAAACUCCAACACUAGAAGAGUGCUCUAGAAGAGGGGCAAUGAGGAAGGCUGGAGUUGUCUUACACGGUUUUCUUUAAUACCCCGUUGAUCUCUGGAGUUUUUCAGUGCACGAGACUGUAACUGGCUUCUCCAAACUUUAGAGAGGAGCAGAGGAAAGAGCGGUGGUCAAAGAGGAAGAAAGAGUGGGGUGGAGGAAGUGAGGGAGAGGGUGAUAAAGAAGAAGAGUGACUGGGAGAGAGAUGGAGUCGCUAUCAGCCGAGUCAGCCACGGUGGAUGAGCUAGUGGAGGCCUGCAUCAAUGCUUUCGAUGACACAGGGAAAUUAAAGGACUUGCCAUUGGUGCGGAUGUUUCUGAUGAUGCACCCCUGGUACCUCCCAUCCACAGACCUGGCCAAGAAACUCCUGCUCAAGUCUCAGGAGGAAGGCUGCACUGCCGAGCUCAGGAGUCGAAUCUGCCACCUAGUCAAGUUCUGGAUCUCGGAGUUUCCUGUCGAGUUCAAUCUUAAUCCGGCUUUGGCUGAGCAGAUUCGAGAUCUGAGGGAUCAGCUCAACACCGAGGGCAAUGCGCAGGAGAGUCAGCUCAUCGACGUUGAGAGUGUCCCUUCAUAUAAGUGGAAGCGUCAGGUGACCCAGCGUGUGCCAUCCAUGUCAAAAAAAAGGAAAAUGUCCCUCCUCUUCGAUCACUUGGAUGCCUCUGAACUCGCAGAACAUCUUACCUACCUGGAGUAUAAGUCCUUUUGCAAGAUUCUGUUCCAGGACUAUCACAGCUUCGUGAGACAUGGUUGCACGGUGGAUAACCCCAUCCUGGAGCGCUUCAUCAUGCUCUUCAACAGCGUCUCCCAGUGGAUCCAGCUUAUGGUGCUCACCAAGCCCACGGCCCAGCAGCGCGCUUCCGUCAUAACGCACUUCGUACGAGUCGCACAGAAACUGUUGCAGCUGCAGAACUUUAACACCCUCAUGGCGGUAGUUGGAGGCCUCAGUAACAGCUCCAUCUCCAGGCUCAAGGAGACACAGGCCCACAUCAGUAACGACACCAAUAAGAUCUUUAACAGUCUGCUGGAUCUGGUGACAUCGUGUGGGAACUACAGUCAGUACCGGCGGCGCUUCUCGGAGUGUUCAGGUUUCCGGUUCCCAAUCCUGGGCGUUCAUCUGAAGGAUCUGAUCGCGGUGCAUGUGGCUCUACCAGAUUGGACUGAUGAUGAGAAAACACGUGUGAAUCUGACCAAGACCCAACAGCUCUACUCCAUACUGCAUGAGCUGGCACUGGUCCAGACUACACCGCCCAACAUAGACGCCAACCCCGACCUGCUUAACCUUCUCACGGUAUCACUGGACCAGUAUCAUACAGAAGACGAGAUAUACCAGCUCUCACUACAAAGGGAACCUCGAUGCUCCAAACCAGCUAACUCAAACCCCACCCCCAGCCAUGCAACUAAGCGACUGUCGAUGGUUGAUGAGUGGGCAGCGUCGGUGAAGCCUAAAGCAGAUCCUGCUAUCAUCACCAAACACAUUGAGAAGAUGGUUGAAUCUGUCUUCAAGAAUUUCGACACAGAUGGAGAUGGCUAUAUUUCCCGCGAGGAGUUUGAGAGCAUCAGGAAUAAUUUCCCCUAUCUCAGCAAGUUUGGAGAGCUUGAUACAAACCAGGAUGGGAAGAUCAGCAGGGAGGAGAUGAUAGAUUACUUUAUGAAGGCCAGUUCACUGCUGAACUGCAAGAUGGGCUUCAUACACACGUUUGCAGAGACCACUUAUGUCAAGCCCACCUUUUGUGAACACUGCGCCGGAUUUAUAUGGGGAUUUUAUAAGCAAGGAUACAAGUGCAAAGUGUGUGGUGUGAACUGUCAUAAGGCAUGUCGCUCACGGCUAGCGGUGGAGUGUCGCAAGCGGGCGAAGAGCAUCAGUCAUGAGACUCCGCCCGCCCUUCAGGCUCGCUCUUACAGCUUUCCACCUCCGUCUAACUCGCACUCUAAUCUUCAGGAUACAGUAAUUGCAGAGGAGGACGCAGAGGAACUGAGGGAGGCAGUGUUUGAUGUCCACCUAUAAUCCAGGUUCCUGGUAGAAGAUUAACACUGGAAAAACAUCCAGCCUUCCUCUCAUCUCAGCUCAACUCUAAUUCUAAUCAUACAGAGAGGAAAAAAAAGCCUGAAGGAGACGAGUAUAACAGACGUUUCUACCACCACUGGUCUGUUAGUAGCCUGAAUCAGACGUCGUCAUGCGAUUUUUACUUCUCAGAAAAGAUCAUGUCUGAUCAUGUCCACGCACAGCUCAAGAACAAAAGACAUCAGCAUGCUUCCAUCUUGUGGAUGAGAGCUGCAAGUGCAAAGCAGUUUGAGCACUUGUUCCUCUUGUUUUUUUUCUCUCCUUUGAAUGUCCUUUUGAAUGUGAUAUUUUUAUAUGUAUUAUCUAUUUGUCAGUAGCAUUAGUGUUUUUAUAUUUCAAGUUGAAAAGUAGAAAAAAAAUCUUUUAGGGAUUUUAGGGAAACCAAUAAUAGAGCAGAGCCUGUUAUUAAAAGAUUAAAUAAUCAAAACAUUGUACAUUUUAUAUAUA